CUCUACUAAUGAAAAUAAAAAAUGCAGUAAAAAGUGUAAAUUAAUUGUGGAAAAUAUAUACAAAUGGCAAUCCAAAAGCCCGGCGAGUGGGCGAACUCGCUUUUGGCCCGUUUCGAGGACCAGCUCCCCAACAAAAUUGGACCACAUAGCACACAGGCGCGUAUCAGUCAAGAUCAGCUGAGCGCAUGUCUCAUACAUAUUUCUCGCUAUCGUUUCUCACUGGUAAUAUCCGGACUCACUAAAAUACUGCAACGCGUUAAUGAGGCGUCUUUCCAAAAUCGUCAUGACGCGGAGCGUUGUUAUUUCGAAUCGCUUGUCAUCAUACUUACUACACUCGAACGUUGUUUGGCCAACCAGACCAAGGAUACUGCGCGUUUCGAAGAGGCAAUGAAUGUUAAGCUAUUGCUACGUGAAAUUUCACAAUUUAUCGAUGUACAGAGUGACAGUAAUCCCAAUGCAGCACAGUUGAAGGCCAUUGCUUCAAAAGUGCUUUUUGCACUCUCACAAAAUCACUUUUCAGCGGUCUUCAAUCGCAUUUCAGCGCGUAUACAAGAGUUGACCACAUGCUCGGAUGAGAAUCCCGACUACUGUGACAUUGAAUUGAUACAACACAUUGAUAUGGAUAUAAAUAAAUUG